AUGAAUACCUGGACCACGUUGCUUUCAGCUCAGUGUUUUGCUGUCCAGAAAUGUGAAGAACCAAAAAGAAACAAAAAAGUAAAAUCACAAGAGCUUAUCAAAGAUUUUGCCACCCUAAUCUCACUGAUGCUGAAUCAAACAGACCUUACCCCAAGCUCAUUCACUCUUAAUGGGAUCCCAGGACUGGAGGACAUGCAUGUCUGGAUUUCCUUCCCGUUUUGCUCCAUGUAUGUUGUGGCUAUCGUUGGGAAUUGUGGACUGCUCUACCUCAUUUGCUAUGAGGACUCCCUGCACAAGCCUAUGUAUUACUUCUUGGCUAUGCUUUCCCUUACUGAUCUUGUCAUGUGUUCCAGUACAAUCCCUAAAGCCCUCUGCAUCUUCUGGUUUCAUCUCAAGGAAAUUGGAUUUAAUGACUGCCUGGUCCAGAUGUUCUUCACCCACACCUUCACAGGCAUGGAGUCUGGGGUGCUCAUGCUUAUGGCCCUGGAUCGCUAUGUGGCCAUCUGCUACCCUCUGCGCUACUCAACCAUCCUCACCAAUCCUGUCAUUGUCAAAGUUGGGCUUGCUACUUUGCUUAGAGCAGUCCUGCUCAUCAUUCCCUUGAUCUUCAUCACCAAGCAGCUACCCUAUUGCAGAGGCAACAUAAUACACCAUACAUAUUGUGACCAGCUAUCAGUAGCCAAGUUAUCCUGUGGUAACAUCAAGAUCAAUGUGAUCUAUGGGCUGAUGGUUGCCCUCCUGAUUGGGGGCUUUGACAUCCUGUGCAUUGCAGUCUCCUACACCAUGAUCCUGCGGGCAGUGGUCAGCCUUUCCUCGGCAGAUGCUCGGCAGAAGGCCUUCAGCACCUGCACUGCCCACAUCUGUGCCAUUGUGUUCUCCUACAGUCCGGCCUUCUUCUGUUUCUUUUUUAACCGCUUCGGGAGCCACACAAUCCCUCCUUCUUGCCACAUCAUUGUGGCCAAUCUUUACUUGCUCCUGCCUCCCACUAUGAACCCUAUUGUCUACGGGGUUAAAACCAAGCAGAUAAGAGAUUGUAUCAUAAAGAUUUUUUCAGAUUCUAAGGAUAUCAAAUCCUAUAACAUAUGA